AGGGCAAGAGAGAGAAAGAGAGAGGGAGAGGCAGCGAGAGGGAGAAUUUUAAUCGAUAGACUCUCUUUCUUUCUUUAUCUCUUGAACCCACGCGCCAAAAAGAAGCAAAGUAGGUGUGACUGCGUGUAUUCUGUUCCCGUGCCCACUGACACAAAAACAGCUUACCUCAAUGGCUGCCAUGAAUGAGACGCUGAAGGUGGGACAACUUCUGACCAGCCCGAGCAGCUCUUGGCAGGCAGAGGCGCUCCGAGGAGUCCAGAUGACCGCUACCUUGCUCAUUUUCCUGGUGGGUGUCCCUCUAAAUGUGCUGGUGGUUUGGGCGCUCGGGCAGAGUCGACGCCAUCUCAUUCGCAGAGGCAGCAGGGAAGAGACACGUGCUGCAAGCAGUUUUAGAAUCUAUGUCCUCAACCUGGCGCUCGCUGACCUGGUGCUAAUCCUUCGGACACCGCUCAUGUUGGGAUACCUCGCCCACCACAACAGUUGGCCGUUUGGUUUUGCCCUUUGCCGCAUGGUUAUGUUCCUGCGAGGCUUGGGGUUGUACGUCUCGGCCUUCCUCGUCUGUGCCGUGGCCCUGGAACGAUGCCUGUGUCUACUGAGGCCAGUGUGGGCUCGACUGCGCCGCCCCGCCUGGGCCGUUCCUUUGGCCUGUGGCUUGUCAUGGCUCCUAGCCACCAUCCUGUCCGCCCCCUACCUGCACAGUGCUGUUCUGAAGGAGAACAACAGCACGUACCAGUGCCUGGAAAGUGGAAAGUUUGACACAGGGCUGUUUGUCACUGAGACCGUAGCGGGUUUUAUCUUGCCACUGCUGGUGUUUUUGGGAAGUAAUUUGGCAAUUUUGCAUAUGAUCCAGCAAUCUGUGCCAAUUAGUCCAACCUCUUCCUCCCCGUCAUCUUCACGCAGGAUGACUAGGAUGUAUCACGUGCUCUUUUUUACCAUGCUGCUCUUUCUCAUUUGCUGGGUGCCCUACUUUGUGUGCCGAUUCCUGCGGGCCCUGGCCGAAGGACGACUUGAGAGGGCUGCAUUAUAUAAAAGUGCAUCUUAUGGAACGUACAUCUCUCUGUACCUAGUGUACACCAAAAGUGCCCUUAACCCUGUGCUCUAUGUAUUCGCUGCCCGCGGCCUUGGCCGUGCCGUCCGAGCUUCAGUCGCCUCGACCAUUGAACGACUCUUCAAUGAUGACUCCACCGAGUCCAUCCGGAAAAGAUCACUCAAAAAAUCAGCCAUUCAAAGCAAAUAGAUCUCACACAACUUGUCACAUUGAUUGGACGCAAUCGAGUCACAAUGUGAUACUGACUGUUUCUGCAGUAGCUUGCGUCAGCAUCUGGCUGGAUUCAAUUAAUGUUGAAAGCUUCCAGUGAGGACUGAGCCACAUCAUGUAAAUAAACACACAAUUGCUUAAAAGUAACACAUUUAUUGUUAGUUGUUGAACAAAAGGAUAAGCAUGGUUACGGUUCCACUUUAGUGAACAUUCAAAUAGAACAUAUUUCUUUUCAUUAGGGAUCUUCUUGAUUAUGUAAACUGGACAGGAUACUGUAGCUACAAAUGUUGGGAGACAUCUUUUAAUACAUUUUUCAGUGAAGGGUUGAUUCAAAGCCACUGAUUCAUCUCCUUUUACUUCCAAUUUUGUGGCAAGUUUUUUGGUGUUGCAGCAUGACUGUGCCCCAUUGCACAAAUCAAAGUCUAUAAAUCAUGGUUGAAUGGGUGUGGUGCAAAAUCAUUUAAGAGUCCUUACCUCAAAACCAUCAAACACCUUGAAUUCGUUGAAUUCAACCAGAUUGUGAUGAUCUUCUGGAUCAUUUUGACAAAACUUCCCAGACUAAAGAAUCUUCACAUCACAUUUUCCCUGAAGAGAUAGACUUGGUGUAUAAUUAUGGAGGUGUUUGAAACAUAAUCAAAUGUGAAAAAGGGUCAAGAAUUGUGAGGAGCUGAAUAUUUGAUGAGAGAUUAUUUUUAUUAUUCUUACGAAUGUAGACUUUUACAAUUCUAAAAAUAUUUUUAAACAAAGUGGCUCCGAGUACUCAAUUACUGCAGCUAUUCCAAAAUACAUUUGCAGUACCACAUAACACUUCUAUACACAUCUUUUGAGUUUCUUGGAAAAAUAUGUAGCAGGUAGUUAGUUGCUUUUGGAACAAGAGGAAACACUGACAGGGAACAAUUAUAAGUCAAACAGCUGAUCAACAUGUUUAUGUGCUUGUGUAAGUAGGUCCUUGGCAUUUUUUACCGCUUCUGACUUUUGCAAGAUUGCUCCCAGUUUGAGCGAUAUGGCCUCACAGUCUUUCUCCGGGACCUGUUUUCUCAAGCGAGCCUGAGGAAAAAUAAAAAUAUUAAAGCACUGAGGA